GACGGAACAUAGAAGAGACCACAAGACGACUCAACUCGGUCGAGUCAACACGUACCGUGAAAAACGCCAGUUAUUUUUGCUAGACGCUCGAUUGGCUUUUUUUUUGUUUUUUUUUCAUCUCGAGUUACACGACAUCUGUUUUUCUUCCCCGACUUGGUUCCAGUGUGUUUGUGUUGUUUUUUUUUGUUUUUUUUCAACGACAACAUCUUUCGGCUUCAACUGUACGAUUCCAAAGGAUUAUUUGACACCUUCCACACUCGGAGGAAAAAAUAUUUGAAAUUAUUCGCUCCCGAAAAGAGCUCAAUUAGCCAACCACUUGUGUUAGUGUGCACGGCUAUUUACAAAUCAAGUGGACACGGUGUUUCUGACUAAUCGUUUUUUUUUUUUUUUUCUUUCGAUUUGUGAAGUGGUUUUCGUUUGUUUCUCUGUUUUACUCGUGAAUUUAUUGUCGAAUUGCUUCGACGAGAGGAAUUCGAUAAGAUGCCGCCUACCGACGGCCAAGUUGUCCUGUCGGCGGCUGCGACCAGCACCAGCGGCACACCUGGCGAUUCGAACGCCGCAUUAGCCGCCAACUCUGCCCUUUCCGUCCCGUUCACCUGCAAUUUCUGCCAGCGAUCAUUUCCGCGGUUAUCUCUCCUUAAAAAACACGAACAGGCUCACAGCGAUGAGAUGCCCUUCCGCUGUGAUUUCUGCUUGCGACUGUUCAAGCACAAAAGAUCUCGUGAUCGUCACGUCAAACUCCACACGGGCGAUAAAAAAUAUCGCUGCCAACACUGCGAGGCCGCCUUUUCACGAAGUGAUCAUUUAAAGAUCCACGUCAAGACGCACGAUACCCGCAAGCCGUUCCAGUGCAGCGUUUGCCAGCGGGGCUACAGCACGGCGGCCGCAUUGACGUCGCACAUGCUCAACCAUCGGCGCGAAUCCGGCUCCCGUUGCGGAUCGCUUUGCUCGUCCAGUUCCAGCGUUUCGUCUGUUUCGGUAGCUUCAACCACCUGCUCGUCUGCCACAUCGAAUCACGGCCGCAGCGCAUCAUCCAACGCGUCGACGCCUUGUCCGACAUCGUUGCCGUCAUCGUCACCUGUUUCACCACCACCCACGCCAACAAACGACGCUCCAAUCGUUCGAACGAUGAGCCCAUCGACGGCUAUUAAACAACAUCCGCCUCCAUCGUCCGUCACUCCGCCCAUGGAACUGCCCAACAGUCCAGCCAGUCCGCCCAUUUCGCAGUACCAGAAUCAGCCGCAAACAUCACCGGAAAUGGAUAAGUCGAGUGUAAUCCGACCGGCUUUGCAACUUGCGGUUUCAGAAAUGGCCAGUCCCUUGCCGAAAUCAGACGCGGUGGUCAAAGAGGACGAGAAGGUGGCCACUGCCAAAGUUUCACCUAUCGCCCUCCAGUGCCCUUACUGUGCUAAAGAAUCUUUUUCUUCAUUGGCCGCGCUCAGCCUUCACGUCCAAACUCUUCACGGGCCCUUGAGUCGUCGUGAUGGCCAACAUGGCGGCGCUGAUGGCGGACAACAAGGACUACUUUACGCUUGCCAGUUAUGCACGUUGCGAUUCGGCAAUUUGCCCGCUUUGCAGCAACACACUUUAUCGGCUCAUAGUCUGGCUGAUCUUCUACAACUUUAUUGUCCAGCACCGGCGGCCAAAAUGGGAUCACCUACUGACCAGUGUGACGCGCAAAACUUCCCCACCGAUCUGAGUUGUCCCAAGAAGCGGAAUGAAGUGGAAGAAGAAACGGAAGGCCGCUUUUCUUGCCCGCAAUGCCCGUCCGAAUUCAAACAGUCGGAAACGGAAGCGUUCCAGUCACACGUGGCUGGACAUUUAGUUUGCAGCUGGAACGAGUACGGUUGCUCCUCCUGCGUCAAGAGUUUUCCGACGCCGGACGAGCUCCAGAAACACUUGCUGGACAUGCACGCCCACCAUCUCUAUCGUUGCGCUCUUUGCAAGGAAACGUUCGACUCGAAAGUCUCAAUCCAGGUCCAUCUGGCCGUCCAGCAUAGUAGCGAAUCGAAACUCUACCGUUGCACCGGCUGUCCGCCAACGGAUGAAGCGCCUUCCGUGUUCCGCACAGAAGCGGAGUUCAACACCCACGUCGUGGUGGCCCACACGUCACGAAUUCCGCCUGUUAAGCAACAACCUGUUGCCCUGCUCAAAUGUCCACUUUGCCCGCAGUCCUUCGCCGUCGAAUUCUUGCUGGAACGGCACAUGCAUCUAACUCAUCAAGGUCGUGGAUUACCUUUAAUCGAAGCACCGUUGGCGGCCAUAACUAGCGAGAAUUCGACUCCGGCCAAAGUGGAAAAGACGGACAAAUCGGAAAAUAACUCGACAACGUCCACUGUGCUGAACUUGAGCCUCAAUUGCGCUUAUUGCGGCGAAACGUGCAAAUCGAGAUCGGAGCUGGAGGCUCACAUGAAGAAUGCCCAUCAUCCGCCAAGUAGCACUGGCCCGUCUAGCUCUAACUUACUGCCAUCACCGGCUGCAAAUGGCCGAAUGAAAUGCAACAUUUGCGAUGAGAUUUUUCCGACGGCUUCAGUCUUGGCCGAACACAAGCUGUCUCACUGCAAAGUGUCGGGCGCUGCCGUUUGCGCCCAGUGCCGCGUCCCUUUGCCGACCGAGGAAGCCUAUUACGCCCAUCUGCAAUCGCCUCCGCACGGCCCCAGCACAUCACCUCCGUUGACCUGCUUGGUUUGCCGACAGACGCUCAACUUACCCUUGGAAGUCGGUUUGCAUGCUCGCUUCCACGCUGCCGGACGGUCAGCCGGACCUCCGCAACCAGAACCAUCCCUGUAUCCGUGUUCCUUCUGCCACCGUCAUCUGGAGUCUGCCAACUUGAUUGCCAAUGGCAUGGCUUUAAACGGCCAUCAGACUUACAUUUGCAAAGACUGUCUUCAUGCCCACAAUCAGAUGAUGGUCCACCAACAAACGGCCCUCUUUCCAGCUGUACCGCAACCGACGCCUAGGAGCUAUCAGUGCAUCAAGUGUCAGGAGAUUUUCGCCACCGAAGCCGAGAUCCAAUCUCACGUGGCCAGCCACUUGCUGUCGGAGGGAUGUUUGCAUCCUUGCCGCCUUUGCGCCCGCCAAUUCGACACGCCGCUCAAAUUGCAGGCCCAUCUAAUUGAGCACACUUUCGCCGGCUGCCCAGCUUUCGCCUGCUAUUUGUGCGGAUGCCUCUUCACCGCCGCCGUCAAUUUGCAACGCCACAUGUUCGACCAGCAUGGCGGCGCCGCCGGAUUGAGACCAUACGACUGCUCGCGCUGUCAUCUCAAGUUCUUCUUCCGGGCCGAAUUGGAGAAUCAUUUGCUCAGUCACAAUGAACCGCUACCUUCCAGCGGAUCGGCACAACAUCCGUCGGCAAUGGAACAGGAUAAAGCGACGGACGUGCCGGAAGAAUCGCGGAGUUUCAACGACGAAGAAGAGGAAGAAUUGAAUGACGAGGAUGACAACAUCUCGGUGACAUCUUCGUCGCACGCAUCCGAAAUCACGCUGUCGGAUGCGCAGAAAGCGGCCAAUGCCGUGCCGGAAGAGAUUUCGGAAGAGAGGAAUGGCAAAGAUUCCGAGAUGUCCGACAGCUCAGAUUCUUCUUCUCUCUUUUCAUCAGCUUGUUCCAGUUCAUCCUCUGUGACGCGGAAAGAGCAACCGGAAUCUUCAGCAACGAGUCCAUUCCGGUGCGACCGAUGCGAUCAAUCGUUUCCGUGCCUCAGCAACCUGCAAGGCCACGUCCGCAUCCACACGCAAAGCCGGCGAUUUACAUGUCCAGAGGCCAGCUGUGGAAAAGAAUUCGCAUUGCGACGAAAUCUCCAUAUUCACAUGCGUUCGCAUACCGGAGACAGGCCCUACUCAUGUCCAGUCUGUCCGAAAAGAUUCGCUCGAAAGGAGAACCGAAAAGCUCAUCUGAAGCUGCACAGCGGGGUCAAACCGUUCCGCUGUACCGUCUGCUCCAAGACUUUCGCCCGCAAGAGCCAUUUAAGCGAACACGGACGGACUCAUUCCUCUUCAGCCGAUCAUUCAACGUCAGUUAACAGUAGUGCCAAAAUGCCUGUUGCGGCCGCAGAAGCGAACGGGACUGCCACGGAAUACUCCGUUGAUAUCAACUAGCCAAAAAAAAAAAAAAAUGUUUUGCUUACAUAUAUUUAUGUGAGGGUUCGUUUUUUAGAUUACUCUAAUAAUCUUGAAUGAAUUUCGGUUUAUGUAAUAAUAGUUUUCGUUUAUAUUGCUCACUGUGUGUCGGUUAAAGUUUGAACAAGAUUGAUUUUCUGUUAAGCCCAUUUUGUUGUUACUAUUGUAGAGGGAGACGGAUAAUUAAAUAACAAUUGAGAACAUGAAA